CUCUCUUUCUCUUUCUUUUCUGUGUGCGUGGAAGUGUUGUGGCCACCCAAAAACGACGGCGUUGCGGGUGAGGCUUAACGCUUCGCACUGAAACACCACUGAACAGUGAACGAAAGCCAUGGCAACGAUUCUAUCCUUCUCUUUCGUGCAACUCCAAUCUUCUCUCUUUCGUCAACGUACCAAUCUUCUCACAAGAACCUUCGCUUUUUCUUCGUCCUUCUCUUCUUCCUCUUCAGCUGCUUCUAUCUCUGCUCCCAACCUUUCCCGCAAGAAAUGGAAGCAACCUGUUUUCUCAGCGCUCGACCUCGGCGGAGUCAAGGUUAACAGAGAAGAUGUGGUGAGGGACGAUCCUACGAAUAAUGUGCCAGACAAUAUAUUUUCAAAGUUAGGAGUGCAGCUCCAUAGGAGAGAUCAACACCCUCUUGGGAUACUCAAGAAUGCAAUAUACGAGUAUUUUGACACAAAUUAUUCAAAUAAGUACAAUAAGUUCGAUGAUCUUAGUCCUAUUGUUUCAGUGAAGGAGAAUUUUGAUGAUGUCUUGGUUCCGGAAGAUCAUGUGAGUAGAAGCUAUAAUGAUACGUACUAUGUCGACCCUCAAACUGUUUUGAGAUGCCAUACAAGUGCUCAUCAGGCUGAAUUAUUGAGAAGUGGUUACACUCAUUUCCUUGUUACCGGUGAUGUUUACCGUAGGGACUCAAUUGAUUCAACUCAUUAUCCUGUCUUCCAUGCACGCCAUUUAUUUGGUUCUGUGGAAAUGCGCUGGGUGGAUACUUAUUUCCCAUUUACUAAUCCAUCAUUUGAACUUGAAAUAUACUUCAAGGAAAAGUGGUUGGAGGUUUUGGGCUGUGGAGUGACAGAGCAAGAGAUUCUAAGAAAAAAUGGGAAGCCAAACAAUGUUGCUUGGGCAUUUGGCCUAGGAUUGGAGAGGCUAGCAAUGGUUUUAUUUGACAUACCAGAUAUUCGUCUCUUUUGGUCAAAUGAUGAGCGAUUUACCUCCCAGUUCUCAGAGGGCCAGUUGGGAGUCAAAUUUAAGCCAUUUUCAAAGUAUCCACCUUGUUACAAGGACAUCAGUUUCUGGAUCAAUGAAUCAUUUACUGAAAACAAUCUGUGUGAACUUGUCAGAGGAAUUGCUGGGGAUCUUGUAGAAGAGGUGCAAUUAAUAGACAAUUUUACCAACAAGAAAGGAAUGACCAGCCACUGCUAUAGGAUUGCAUAUAGGUCUAUGGAACGUUCUCUUACUGAUGAUGAAAUUAACGAUCUGCAGUGGAAAGUAAGAGAUCAGGUGCAAAGCAAAUUAAAUGUUGUGUUAAGAUGAGCUCUGAUGUCCUUAUGAUUAUGAAGAGUUGCUGUUUGUUCUCAAUUUUGUUCAUGUAUAGAUCUUUUUCCUCCUCCGAGCAUGUGAUUCAUGCUAUAGACCGAUAUAUGUAUUAUUCCAUUUUUGCAUGGUCAAAAUACACUGCUAUAAACAGGAUUUUGUAUCCUCAUUUUCCUUGACAUGAUGUUUCCACCGCACAAGUAAAAAUAGUAAGAGCAGACUUGCAUCUAUUCCUCGU